CAGACAGUGGAGAUGAGAGUUCACAUGGAUUGUGCUGGAUGUGAGAUUAAGAUCAGGAAGGCUCUUCAAAGACUUCAAGGAGUUGAUAGCAUUGAUAUAGACAUGAGAAUGCAGAAGGUGACAGUAACAGGCCAUGCAGACCCGAAGAAAGUGCUUAAAACAGUAAGGAAGACCGGGAGGAGGGCUGAGCUAUGGCCAUCCCCAUACAAUACGGACCAUGCAUACAUCCAUCACUACCACCAUCAUCAGUAUCAGCCUCCGCAUGCUACAUCCCGUACAUCAUCAUCAUACAACUACUAUAAGCAUGGGUAUGACGGCCACAUGCAUGGCUACUAUCAUGGUCCUCCCCGUCCUUCUCUCUUUAGUGAUGAGAAUCCCCAUGCAUGCUCUAUCAUGUAA